GUCGUUCUCGCGGUGCUUGCGUUGGCCGGUCACGUGGUGCGUAUGCCCUUCCACGCUGCGACAGAAAACAUGGCUGCGCUCUUGAGAUCUGCACGGUUACUCAAAUUUUCGCCUUCGGGUUUGCUUCUGAACGCCGGAACUAAAAGAAACGGACCGCUGUUCAGUCGGCUCUACAGCGGAGCUCUUGCCGGCAGAAGAACCGGAGUUUGUUCCCGACAGAUCAGUCGUGCUUCGGAAAAUGUGUCCAGUCGUGUAUGGCCAUAUGCAGUCGGGUGUCUGCGUAGCUAUGCUGUGGCCACAGACCUGAAGGAUGAAGCCAGUGUUGCAGUGCAGUCCAAACAGUCACAGCAGUUUGACUGGGCUCUGACCAAGCUGGACAGCUCUGUGAGGAGGACUGGUCGCAUUACCAAGACCUUGCUGCUCCAGAUCUUCCAUAAUUUCUGCAGGACAGGUUAUCCCAGUGGUAACCAGGCCUUGUUGCUGCUGCGUAGCUGUGGGUCUCUGUUGCCCGAGGUGCCUCUGGAGGAACGCACUGAGCUGGCACAUCAUAUUUGGGAGAAAGUGCAGGAGCUGGGUGCACAGUAUGAUGUUAGUCACUACAAUGCCUUGCUGAAGGUUUACCUGCAGAAUGAGUUCAAGUUCUCUCCCACUGACUUCCUGGCCAAGAUGGAAGCAGCCAACAUCCAGCCCAACAGAGUUACCUACCAGAGACUUAUUGCAGCCUACUGCCAAAAUGGAGACAUACAGGGAGCCAGUACCAUAUUGGGUUUCAUGAAGAGCAAAGAUUUACCCAUCACCGAAGCUGUUUUCAGCUCCCUGCUGACAGGCCAUGCUCGUGCAGGCGACAUCGAGAGUGCUAAGAACAUCCUGUCUGUGAUGCGGGGAGCAGGAAUUGAACCGGGUUCUGACACUUAUGUGUCAUUGCUUAACGUCUACGCUGAAAAAGGAGACCUGGAUGGUCUGAAGAAGACUCUGGAGGAAGCAGAGGCUGCAGACAGCAGUUUAAUGGACCAGGAGUUCUUGCGGGUGAUCUACACUCUGGCAAGGGCCGGGCACCAGCAGCACGUCCCAGAACUUGUUGGGCACUUGAGGCACGAGAGGGGUUACAGUCCAGAUGCCAUGAACCUGUGUCUGCACCUCAUCACCCAGGGCCAUGAGGAUACAGCUUUUGUUGUCCUGAAGAGUUUCCACCUACUGCAAUCUGACAGCUUCAACAAUCCCCCCAGCCUGGGCAACUUCUUCCUCAGACACUGUGUCAACAUGGACGUGGCGGUGGAGAAGAUCAGCCACUACUGCAGAUAUCUCCAGGAGUCUAAUCUGCACACAGCACCACUCAGCUUUGCUCUGUACUGUGCUCUAGAAGCCAGGAAGACUGGUAUGUCUUUAGAGCUGAUGAAGAUUUUGAAGGAGCAAGGCUUACCCAUAAAACCACACUACUUCUGGCCCCUUCUGACUCAGCGUAUGAAAGAGAACAACACAGCUGGUGUGGUGGAGUUGGCCAAGGCUAUGGAGCAGCUGGGUAUGUCCCCUGAUGCUGACACUUUAUCCGGCUACAUCCUCCCUGUCUUUUCCAGCACUGAGGCAGCUCAACAGGCCCUCAAGGAUGCUGGCAUAUCUCUGGAGUCCAAGGGCCUCUUGUCUUCAGUGAUUCGUUUGAUGGCUCAAAGGGACCUGGCAAAAGCCUACACCCUGCUGUCAGAUCCAUCCUUCCCCUCUUUGGACCUCAAUGCAUUCCGUGGCAGCCUCAUCACAGGCUUCAAAAAGUCUGCUGAUGUGGAGAGCAUGGCAAAGAUUACUGAGCUCUUAUACAAAGAUGAGCGUUUCUCCACAGGAAGCGUCACACCUGCUGAAUCGGUAUCAUACUUCUUGUACAGUCUGAUCAACAGCAUACCAGAGGUGAAGGUGCAUGAAGAGGAAGACAAACUGCGGAAAUACUUCAAUCAGCUACAGAUUCGGAAUAUAACCAUUCCAGAUAACAUCUACAGGGGCAUCAAGAACCUUCUGGAGUCUUACCACAUCCCAGAGCUCAUCAAGGAUGUGAUCACUUUGGUGGAACCCACAAGCCAAGUGCACAGUGGCUAUGUGCCAGCUGUUUCCAACGGCAAAAGAAGUGAAGUUACGUUGUUGGAACUGGAGCAGAAGUUAGCUGAGCUGGAGGCAGAGAACAAACCAUUAGGCUCUGUUUUCAAACAGACCAUCCAAGCUCUUUGUGUCGAGGAGAACCUGCAGCGUGCCCUUGAGCUGCAGCAGAAGCAUGAGGAGGAGAUGACAGUCGGCCUUUAUGCCACCCUCAUCAACCUGUGCUGUCACCACGACAAUGUAGAGGAGGCGCUCAACCUGAAGAGGGAACUGAGUCGCAAGGACUCCUCAGCAGUGCUGGAUGCCAGUAAAUAUAUCGCGCUCAUCAGGUUGCUCUCCAAGAAUGACAGGGUGGAGGAGGCAGUGGACAUCCUGAAAGAAAUGAAGGAGAAGGAGGUAGUGUUAAAUGACAUGCACAACUCCUUGCUCUUCUAUGCACUCAAUGCUCUAGUGGUCAAAGGGAGUACUUCCACCAUCCAACGGCUGCUGGACACCGUCUUUACCCUUGGUCUGGCCAAACCCUCCUCCAGUCUCUGCUCACCCCUGAUUUCUGUACACCUGGAAAGUAAGGACCUGUCCGGCGCUGUCGAGGCAGUAAUGGAGUGUAUGAAGCGCUAUAAGCAACUGCCUCGCAUCCAUGACGUCCUUGUUGGGCUGGUGGAGAAAGGAGACACCGAACUGCUGCAGAAAGUCAUGGACUUUGUGAGUCAGGAGCGAGGGGAUCUGUUCUUUGCAUCCCUGCAGACAGGCCGCUACCGUGAGGCUCGUAAGAUCAUUGAGACCCCUGGGCUGAGGGCAAGGCCUGGACGCCUGCAGUGGUACGCAGAGAAAUGCAUUUCUGCCAACCAGAUGGAGACCUUGGAGGAGAUGGUGGACAUGACAGCCAAGCUGUUUGAGUGCGACAGAGAUGAGAUGUACAGUUACCUCCUCCGUCUCUGCAAGGAGACAAACAACUGGCAGAAGGCAGAGGCAGUGUGGAUGAAGAUGCAGGAGGAGAACAUCGUUCCCAGAGAGAGGACCCUGCAUAUGCUAGCAGAGAUCCUGAGAAAUAAUGGCCAGGAGGUACCCUUUGAGCUGCCUGAGGCCUGGUAUGAGCAGGUGACGUCAGCAACAGCCCCCACCACAGCUACCAAUGAUAAUCUGUACCAGGUCCGUCUGCUGGCCCUCUGUAAGGGGGACAAAGUCAAAGAAGCCUAUCAGAUGCUGAAGGAAGCUGAUAAAAAGGGUGUGGCAUUAGGCCCUUCCCAUUAUGACUCUGUGAUCCGUGCCCUGUUGUCCAAAGGAUUUAUUGAGGACGCCAUGGCAGUCAAGGACAUUGCUCAGUCUCAUGUGCCAGGCUUCAAGCUGAGUGAUCUCGCCAGAAACUUGCUCAUUGUCUCACACAGCAAGAGAAACGAGCCCAAAGACGCUCUUGACGAGCUGAAGUUGAUGCUGCAGGCGAACCAUGUGCCCUUGCAGCUCACCAUUAGCAGACUGGUUCAGGCCCUGGGCAGGCAUGGGGACGUGGCAGGCAUCGAGGAAGUGGAGUCACUGAUGAAGGGCCUCAGCACGACCCUCAAACUGUCCAACAUGUUGUUUGUCAACAAUAAGGCCUUGGCCCACAUCAAGAACGGUGACAUGGACUCAGCGGUAGAGGUGUUGGAGGCAGUCUACACCAGCCCAGACAGCACAAGCCCCAAUAUGUCCUUUGUCUUCAGAAGGGUCUUGGAAGAUGGCAAUGAGAAAGCCUUAGACAAGUUGAGCGCUAUGGCCGAGCGACUAGCCAACCACUUUGACUGCUACAGACCAGCUUCAGACCUCUUCCUCCAGCUGCUGGAUAAUGACAAAGUUGAGGAUGCCAAGUCCAUGCUGGCUCGCUGCUCCGCUCUGGCUGAGCAGAAGCAGGCGCUGGUGUCCUACAUGACCCGAAAGUCUCAGAGUCCCGGACAGGUGGGCAGGAUCAAGACCCUGCUGAGUCUGAUUCCAGACUUCACUGAGAAGGAGGUGCUGUAUCCAUACCUGAUGAAAUGUCACGUUCUGGAUAAGGACUUAUCGUCAGCCAAGGCUCUGCAUGAGCAGAUGGAGAAGGAGGGGGUAGCUGUAGACGAGCUGUCACUCAAACGGCUGGCUGUGCUUUACCGCAGCGCUGGAGAGCUGGCGCCCUUCCCUGAGCCUCCUGAGUCCUUUAAGUUCUACGCAGACAAGCUGAAAGAGAAAACCGCUAACACUGAGAUGACAGCGGAGAAAUAAAGAUUCAUCCUCAUCUCCUCUUAUCUCCACCCAAAUCCCACUGUUUUCUUCUUUUGUGUCUUUUUUUUCUUUUUUUAUACAAGAUGUUUGAGCCAAAAUGUUGAGUAGUAUUUGUGCUGAGUGUUGGGUAUUAGACUGCCUACUGCGACACUGAUAACGUUGAUCAUGAGUUGAGGAUGUACAGAAAUAUUUAUGUUAAUAAACGAUGUUAAGAAGC